ACUAGCUCGUUAGCUAGGCUAGCAGAUCUCCAGGAUAAUCUUACAGCUGUGGUAUAAAGGAAAUUUUGCUCAAUUUGUUUACUUAAACAAACAUUCAAAAGAUUUUACUGGAUUUCAAACUCAUCAUAUCGACUCUGGCUUUUAGUCUUCCUUGCGUCCGCUGUCUAAAUUAGAUAGAUUCGGCUUCUUUUCUGUUGGGAUCAGCUCAAGCUAACUUAGUUACGUUGCAAAACAGCCAUUAUGGCUGACUUUGGGUUUAACGAACACCAUCAGUCUGAAAUCAUCAACUACAUGCGAUUUGCUCGUUCAAAGAGGCUCUUAAGGCUCAAGACUAUUGACUCAUGUUUUGAGGAACUCAAAGACAGCAGGCUGGUGGAGGACACCUUCACAGUGGACGAGGUUAGGGAGAUGCUGGACGGGCUGCAAAUGGUGGUCCGGGGGGAGGUGGAGAUGGAGCUGAUCAACACGGCCCACACUAACGUACUGCUGCUCAGGCAGAUUUUCUCUCAGGCGGAGAAGUUUUACCUUCGACUCCAGAGUGAUAUCUCUGAGCUGGAGAACAGGGAGCUGUUAGAGCAAGUGGCUGAAUUUGAGAAGACUGACUUUAAAAUAGCCAAUAAGAUAAAUCAGGAAACAAGUAAACCCAAGUUGGCACCACUGAAUGAGGGUGGAGUGUCUGAGCUUCUUAAAAAGGAGAUAACGAAACUACAAGAAGAGAAUGAUAAACUGAAAUCCAGGCUGCGGACUUUAGAAUCACAGGCCAUGAGUGCACUGGACGAGAAAACAAAAGCAGAGAGAGCUCUGAAGGAUCUCCAGAGGACACAAGGAGAGCAAAAGCUUUUUGCUCAAACAAAGGAAAUCAACAGCCUGGAGGACACAGUAGCAGCUCUGAAGGAGGACUAUGAAAGAUCGCUUAGUGCCAACGCUGCAUCUCAAAAGGAUUUGAAGGAGACUCUAAUCACUGCCAAGCAUGACCUUCUGCGAGUGCAGGAGCAGCUGGCCUUGGCAGAGAAGGAGUUGGAGAAGAAGUUCCAACAAACUGCAGCGUACCGCAACAUGAAAGAGAUUCUAACCAAGAAGAACGAGCAGAUAAAAGAAAUUAGGAAACGAUUGCAGAAAUACGAGCCAGACGACUGAGGUUUUGCAUGUUUUCAUUGGAAAGACGAACCAAAAUGUUUCUGACUGAUUUGGGACGAGAAACUACCAGUUCUGGUGUUUUUUAUUUUCAUUUCUGCUUUAUCUGACAUUCUCUGUCCCUGUUAGCUUCAUUAAACAGCAGGUCAGCUGGGGAAACCCGUAGGUGAAUACACAGAGGAUCUGAUGACGUGUGUUUUUCUUACAGUAGCUGGCAGAUUUCCCUCUGUGCUCUAUGCAAUAAGCAGCAUUUACCUGUUGGACGGGGCCUUGUCCUUUUGCUCACCUGGACAGAACUAUACUGCCUGCCUGAAGCUUGUAGUCUUAGUGUGCCUUGCAAAACUAUCAAAAGCUCUUGAAAUGUUCACAUUUUAUCAACAUGUUUUGUUGGGAUUUUAUUUGCUAAAUCAACACAGCAACAGUUAUCUCAGUCAAAUUUAGGUCUGUGCUUUGACUAUUCCGCUUUAUUGUAUUCAAUUGUGUAGGGUAUGUGUAGCAGUGUGUGUAGGGUCAUCCCGGACCCCAACAAAGUCUCUCACACCCACCGCCUUCAACCCUAUGUAUUUUGCUGGCUAUAAGAGGUUGUCUUCGAGUAUUACUCCAUGUAUUAUCUGCAGCCAUUUCAACAAAAAAAAAAACAAAACUGGAAUGUUAUUUUAUAUUCCAGAUUUGCUCCAAACCUCUCCAAAGUUUGUCCCUGACUUGUCUGCUGCAUCUUCAUGAUGCUGAUUUUUCACCAACAUACUAAUUGACAUCUGAGGCCUUCUAAGAACAACUGGAUUUAUGAGAUAAGAAUACACACAAGUGGAUUUUAUUUACUACCUGGUUGUACUAGAGUUUUCAGAGGGGUCUCAAAACAAAAGCAAGCCACACCUUUUAGAUUAUUUUUGGAAACAAUUUUAGAGCCACGUUUUUCUUUCAUAGCACAACUUGUGUCAUUUUAUCUCAUAAAAUACACAAUGCAUAAGGAGUAUAAAUAGAUUUGCAAGGCACUGCAUAAGUCCCAAUGCAGGACAUUGUAAGUAAAUUUUCAUAUUUUGCUCAUCAGUCUUAUCUUUAGCAGCACCUUAAAGUCCAAGGUCCAAUUUUAAAACAAAGUUACAAGUAAAUGCCAAACCACUUUGCAUUUUAGGACACUCUUGUUUAUCUGAACAUUUAAUAAUAUUAAUAUUUCACUCUAAAAUAUUUCCAAUAAUCUGUAACGACAAUGUAUCUACUCUUACGUGUAGAUGUAGAGGGCCUAGAAUAUUUUUGGUGUUGAAUCCUUGCAUAUUUUUUGUAUUGCUGUAUAUACAUGAUUUUCAUGAUAUAAAAUGCUCUUGUAGAGUGUGCAUUUAACUGGUUUGUGAAAUUUUAAUGGGUUAAUAAAAAGUGUGACCAAA